AAUGGAGAUUAUGAAACUGCAAAUGAUUCAGAUUAUUGUUGUUAUUAUUGGGAAGUAGCACUGCUUUUGGUUAGUUUGUUUUGAGAGAAAAUGUCAAGCUGGAAGGAACGAUGGGACUCUUGGAUGGGUAGAAGUAGCAAUGAAUAUUCAAAGGGUGGAAACUCUUCCCCGGAAGGGGGUUCCUCACCCAGUCUUGGGAGUAGUCCUUCUAAAGUGAGUAAGAGUCCACGAACGCAAGAAAUAUGGAGCAAAACUGUUCAUCCUUGGGGUCGUUCUUAUAGUGGAAAGAAUCGUUACGAUACAGUGAAAAAGGAAACAGAAAAGGAGCCAAGUAUAUUUGAAAUCCACGACUUUGCCAAGAAACAAACCAACCAAUAACGAGAGUUUAGUUGUAUAUGAUUGGACUGCAUGUUUUUUAGUUGUAUAAAGUGGUUUUUAUUUGGAAUUUGGUCCAUUUUGAAUUUCAUUAGACAGCACAGACAUGAUGAUGAGACUGCUUCUCAGUUGGUUGAAAGAUGUCUCAAACCAAUCACCAACGAAGGGUGAGGCCAUAAGGCCACCAAUAAAUCACGACCCGGAGAA